GGGGCUCUAUCAAAAACUUAGGCAAGAUCGAGAUUCUGAGUGCAGGUGGUUUAUUGUGCCAGUGUCCAAAGUGCAAAAAUCCCAAAAACAGUGCAGAAUAUUUACAGUGAGCAAAACAAUCCAAAAAGUAUUUACGUUGAAGAAACAGGGUCGAGUUCUGCGUUAACUGUCCCCUUUAAGAAUCUGUACAGCACACCGACGUUACCUGCUCUGUACCCGGUGGCAGACUGAUUAACAGCCAGGAACGGCUCCCCUUUAUACUCCCCUGACUCCUCCCACUGAGCAAUAUAUCAAAAUCACUCUAAAGACAAACAAUUUAACCAUAAACCUACCUUGUCUAUGCUACGUUGAGCACACAGUAAUAAUGUACAUUACAUGUCAAAAAUAAUAGCUGAAAAACGUAAAGAAAAUCGUAUUACAUAAUGCGCGUCACAUGGUCAGCACCACGGCGCGAACAGCGCCUAUUUCAACUACCAGGAAAUAGGGGCUCGGUUUGGCAGAGGCGCGCCGCGUCGAAGGAGAGAGAGACGGCGUCAUCGGACAGUUUGAAGCAUCAUGGCAGUGAACAUACCUGGAGUUAUAGCCAUUGUGGUCUUCUAUCUGCUGGUUUUGGGGACUGGGAUCUGGGCCUCCUUUAAGUCCAAAACGGAGCAGAAGAAAAGUGGAGCCAAAGAAGUGGAGAUGGUUGUCCUGGGAAACCGCAAAAUUAACUUAGCUGUUGGGAUUUUUACCAUGACAGCCACAUGGGUUGGAGGAGGAUUUGUAGUGGGCACCACAGAAAUGGCCUACACUCCUUCAAUGGGACUAAGCUUCACCAUGUUGAUGUUGAUGGCAUACUUUGCAACUUUUGUCAUUUGUGGGUUUAUAUUUGCAAAGCCGAUGAGAGAUAGCAAAUAUGUGACAAUGUUGGACCCAUUCCAGAGGAAGUAUGGGAGGGUCCUGACUGCAGCGCUAACUGUGGUGUCUGUGUGCCUGGACCUUCUCAUGUUGGCCGGAAUACUCAUCUGCCUCGACGUGUAUUUGUUCCUAGGUUCAACAUUGAGUGUGGUCCUGGACGUGUCUUACAGUGUGUGUAUCUGGAUGUCUGCUGCUGUGGCCAUCACCUACACUCUGCUGGGAGGGCUCUACUCUGUGGCCUACACUGACAUUAUACAGCUCAUCCUGGUCUUUGGCAGCUUGUGGCUGUGUGUCCCCUUCGUCCUCAUGAACCCAUCUACUCUGGACAUUAGUCAGACUUUGCUCAACAACACCCUACAUGCUCCGUGGGUCGGUCAAACAGAUCUGAAAACCAUCGGAAUAAAACUGGAUGACUUCUUAUAUUUGGCAUUGGGAAGUCUGGGAUACCAGUGUGUUCACCAGCGGACGCUGUCAGCUUCCUCAACUCACACAGCCACGGUCACCUGCUGCUUCGCUUCUGUUCUCACCGUGAUAAUGGGGAUCCCCUCACUUCUGAUUGGAGCUGCAGCCUCCUCAACAGACUGGAACCAGACGUCUUAUGGCACUCCGUCUCCAUUUGAACGAGGAGAAAAAGCUCAAGUCCUGCCCAUCGCUCUGCAGCACCUCACCCCGUCCUACAUCUCGAUCAUUGGGAUUGGCUGUGUGGCUGCUGCCGCCAUGUCCUCUGCAGACUCUGUGAUGCUGUCUGCUGCCUCUGUCUUCACAGUCAACAUUUACAAAAGCAUCAUCAGACCUCAGGCAUCUGAUAGAGAGUUCCAGUGGGUGAUCCGUGUGUCUGUGACUGUAGCGGGUGUCGCUGGUACUCUUCUCACCAACCUUAAAAACAGUGUUAUAUUAAUUAUUUUGAUUGGCGCAGAGGUGGCAUACCUUGUUGUUUUCCCUCAGUUAGUUUGUGUUCUGUUUUUUAAUUUGUCAAAUCCAUAUGGAGCAAUAAUAGGCUUCUUUGCUGGAGUUUGUUUAAGACUUCUUUGUGGGGACCCAACCACAGGCUUGCCUGUGAUACUACAUUUCCCAGGAUGCACUCUGGAGGAUGGUGUCUAUGUGCAGCACGCUCCAGUUAAAACCAUCUGCAUGCUGUGUGCCCUGGUGGCCAUCUUGUUGUUCUCCUACCUGGCGUCUGUACUUUUCAACAGAGGCCUUCUUCCUGAGAGUUGGGACGUGUUUCAAAUCAAACUGCAAAAUGUCCCUCCUCCAUCUAAUCUACUAGAGGUUGCUCAAGAGCCCACUUUGAAGUCUUUGGAGGUGGAUAAGGAAGUGAAUGAGCCAAUGAUGAGUAGUUCCUGUUGACACAAGAUACAAAUAAAAAUUCUUAUAGAAACUCAACAAUAUGACUAUCAUUUGCCACUUUUACCCAUUAUUGGGCCAUGAGAGUGAUCAUCAAUGUUAGAGCUUUUUUCAGCUCAAAUAUGGAAAAGUCCUGAUAGCGGCUCUGUCACUGGUUUCAGUUUGUAUUGAGAUACUCUCUGUCAGUUUAAUAAUCAUCUGCCUGGGUAAAACAGUUGAGCGAACACAUUUUUAGUUCUAUAUGGUGUAAUGUGUUUUUUGCUUUUGUGUUAAACAGGUUCAACUGCCAGUGUGGUCCUGGGUGUGUCUUACAGUGUUUGUAUCUGGGUGUAUGUAUCUAGGGCUCUACUCUGCAGCCUACACAGAUGUCAUCAGUGUUGGGAAGGUUACUUUUAAAAUGUAUUCCUCUACAGAUUACAGAGUACAUAUACCAAAAUGUUUGUAAUCCAUUAAAUUACUUAAGGUGAGUAACGUAAUCUAAAUACUUUGGAUUACUUGAUAUUGUCAUGCUUUUUAAAACUGCGUGAAUGUAGCAACCACAUCCUGAAAAUUCUUGUUUGUUCUCUUCAAAUUGUCUGUUGACACCAAGUUUCCAUGAAUAAGCAACUGUUUGCUGUAAA